GCGACUCAAACUGGACUGCAAACUGGAACCAACUAGAAGCGCGCCAAGUGCAUUCCUUCCGGCCUGUCCAUCAUUUGCAUUCGCUGAAACAAUAUCAUGCAGCUUAACCCGCGAGAUCCGCAGUACCCCAACCGGGUGGAGUGGCUGUCGCGGCCGGCCCGGAGGCAGGUCGACGAUGCCACGCUACAAAAGGAGCUAGCGGCCCGCGGCGGUGGUGGUGAUGUCAACUACUGGUCCGGCCGGAAGAUGAGUGCGUCAGUGCCGCAGCCUGGCCGCGGCGGCGGGCGGCAGGUGGAGCGCGUGCGUGAGGCUUCCAAGUAUCGCUGCCUGCCGGAGGCGGACGUGGGCCGCACACGUGGCAGCGACGCCAAGCAGCACGUGUUCUGCCUCUACUUCUCAAAAGGCUGCUGCAGCCAGGGCUCCGCCUGUCCCUACCUGCACCGCCUGCCCACGGCCGCCGAUGAGCAGUACGCGGCGCGCGACCUGUCUGCGGAUGUGUUCGGGCGGGAGAAGCGCGGCGAGAACGAGGGCUACCGCAGCGGGGCAGGCACAUUGGACCGCGACAACCGCACGCUGUACAUCAGUUACGAGGGCGCCGGCAGCUACGAGCUGCCCAAGAUCCGGCAGCUGCUGGAAGCCAACUUCAAGCUGUGGGGCCCCGUCAACAACAUCUACAUCGUGCACCCCAAGAACAUCGCGUUCGUCAGGUAUGACUGGCGCGCCAGUGCGGAGUUCGCCAAGGAGGCCAUGCACAAGCAGCCGCUGCUGGGCAGCAGCCUGGGCGAGGUGGUGACGGCGCGCUGGGCCAACGAGGACCCCAACCCAGUGGCAGUGGCGGCACAGAAGCGCGCGGCGGAGGAGGCGUUCAGCCAGGUGUACCUGCAGUCGUUUGAGUCGCUGCCGCCUGAGCAGAAGCAGGCGCGCAUUCAGGAGCUGGAGCUCAAGGCGGCCCUGAAGAAGGGCACCUCGGUGGGGUCCUACCCCAGCACGGAUGCGCAGUUUGAAGAGCGCGAGCGGCAGGAGCGGGAGCUGGAGCUGCUGCGGCGACAGCAGGCGGCGGCCGCCGCGGCCGAGGAGGAGGACAUUCCCUUCAUCCCGCCCGACAUCUACGAGGAGACACAGCGCAUUGUGGCAGCCAAGCAGGCGCAGGCGCGGCAGCAGGCGGGCGCGAGCAGCAGCGGCACGGGCGCGGAGGGCACAGGAACAGAGGGUGCAGGGCCAGGAUCUGGAGCAAGGGGUGGCACGGGCUACGGCAAGGGUGUGGCGGCUGACGUGGCGGCAACCGCCGCGGUGGCGGUGGCGGCGGCGUCCGGCGGCCCUACCAGCUUCGGCAGCACCAAGGGGAAAAACAGCGGCGCCAGCGGCGAGGGCGGGGCAGUGGCAGCUGGGGGUGCAGGCGGCGCUGUCGGCGGCGGUGCAGGCGGUGAGGGCGAGCCGGAGAUGCCGCUGUGGGAGCGGGCGUGGCAUGACCCUGAGCUGCAGGGCCGCAUGCGCGCCGACCCCGACUUCAGGGAGCGCAUGCGCAAGGAGCGGGCAGAGCACGUGUACAAGGCAGCCUACCAGGCGCACUACCACGCCUACGUGCACAGCUACGGCAAGGAAGCGUAUCAGCCGCCUGUGGCGGCUGCGGCUGCGGCGGUGCCGGUUGCCGGGUAUGAUGCCGCGGCCGCGGGGGCGGAGGCGACAGAGCAGCAGCAGGCCGAGUAUGCGGCGUGGUACGCGCAGUACGGGGAGCAGUACGCACAGCAGCACGGGUAUGGGCAUGGCUACGACUGGAGCGCGUACCAGCAGCAACAUGGCGCGGGGGCGGAUCAAGGUGGUGCGGCGGCGGCAGGGACAGCGGGGACGGAGGGAGGAAAGGACGGUGGGGGCAAAACCGCCGACGGCCUCUCCCUGUUGGGGUCCGCGUAUGGCAGCGAUGAUGACGAAUAGAAGGGUUCGUUCGUAGACAUGCAGGCUUGGUGCAUAGGUAUGUGGGGGAGGGGGGAUGGUGGACAUGUAUGGGCGUGUGGAUGAGGGUGGACGGUACUACGAGGUGACUCGGAUUGAGCAAGGGUUUUUUUUACAUCAGUGGU